AUGGCUGAAGGACGGUGCUUAUUUCAGGCUGCCAGUGGCUACAUGCGCCUCGGCCCUGACUAUCUACGUACUGGAGAUCUCGUAUGUGCUAUCCUUGGCUGCGAUACGCUGAUCCUCCUCCGGCAACACUCGCUAGAGAGUGAAGAGCAUGAAUUUGUUGGGGCAUCCUACAUCGAUGAGUAUUCCGAAGGCGAGGAAAUCCUGGGUCCAUUACCAGAAGGGACGUCUUGUCAUGACGAAUUCGAGACUGAAAAAAAGAGGUUUCGUCGAGUAUGUGUGAGCGAAGGGACCAGAUCCACCGAGGAUUCAAGGCCGGGUCCAUUGCCUCCAAGUUGGCGCUUGAAGGCGCGCCCUACAGAGCAUUCGCAUGGUGUAUACGAAAACAUGGCUACUAAUCUUCCAAGCAAUGAGGGGGGUGGAGAGGCCGGAUUGGAAGAAAUCGAGAGAUCCUAG